CAGAAGGUUUCCAGAUGUUUAAUGGUUCCUGCUACUCAUUUCGCAAGGAUAUGAAGGACUGGGAAAGUGCACGAGAAUACUGCAAAAGCCUUGGCAGUGAGCUGGUCAAGAUAACAAGCAAUGCAGAGAAUGAAUUCAUUAGAAAUCAAACUGUAAUUGAUUACUGGAUUGGACUGAAUGAUAAGGACAUUGAAGGCCGUUUCAAAUGGUCUGUGGAUAACAGCAGUAUUCAAGACAAUGGCAACUAUUCAAGAUGGGCAAGCGGGCAACCAGACAACGACGAUGGGAUCCAGGACUGUGGUGUAAUUUAUUCUACCGGUACUUGGGAUGACAGAAACUGUAUUUACGGUCACUACUUCACCUGCGAAAAACCAGCCUCUUAACUUCCCUAUAAGAUGGAUUAGCAGCUGUACCUCUGCAGGAACAGUUCUCAGCAAUUAGCACAUGUUGCAAUCUGCACUGAACAAGACAGGAUGUCAUGAACUGACCCUCCUACAGGUAUAACUUCACAAGAGAUUAAUUAGAGAAAUAAAAUAGGCAAUCUAGUUCCAAACUCUUCAGAGAUGAUAAAUAUCUUGAAUAGAAAUUCCUGUAUUCCUAAGACAUUGAGAGUGGCACACAAAUCAUCUUCGUUUUUUUCUAGUUCCAGUCUCUUCGUUAACAGUAAGAAUGGACUCGAUUUGCUCUGCUGAGUUAAUAGCUAAGGUUAGAUCAAUUUAGAGAGGAUCAGGGAGCACCAUUAUGUCUGUGUCUAAUGUUAAGGUCUAUGAGAAUAUAAUUACAUUAGCUAAAAGUUAGAUAAAAAAUAUUAAGAAUUACUUUGAGAGUGAAUCAUGACCAUUUUUGCUGAAGAUACAUAACUCCUCAGGGCUCAAAGUGAAAUAUAGCUCUUUUAUUUAUUUAUAUUUUUUAACACUUGCACUUUUUACUAAAUUUCACAACUGACAAAAUCCUGGAAGCAAUGGAAAUCAUGAGAGAUGAAUUGUCAUUUAGAGUUCCAUGUGACACAAAAUGAAGGCCGAACUGAGUUUGCUGAAGAUGACAGGUUUGAAAAAUGUACAUAUUGACAAAGUUCUUACUUAGACCACGACACCAUCUAGUUUUAUGAUAUUUUAACUGAAGAUUGGGUUUUAGAUGUGAACAAUUCAUAACUUUACUAUAGGAAUAGAAAAUUAUUAUAGCUAUCCAUCCCUCCAUUUUUGGGACUUACUCAUAGAGGCACUGAGAGAAUUUAAAGCAUUAAAAAAACACACAAAAUAUUUAAGCACAAGUUGACUUUUAUUCGGGAAAUAACAGUAAAGUUAAGAAAACAUGUGCUUACAUUACUGCUUUUAAGGACAUUACUUGUAAUGUAGCUUGAAUAUAUCAAUAAAGAAAUAGAUGUCAUUAGGCCACAGGCAACAGAUUAACACUUCCUGAUAUUGUAUUACAUGUAGACGAUGCCAUGAGAUCGGCAAAGCAAAGAGUUUUUUCUGGCAAUAAAAACAGAAAAACACUAACCCAAAAUAUUUGUACUCCAAAAAUGUGAGAACUUUCAAGAUAUUCUCAACCUGCUAAAAAAUACUUUGAUGUUAGUAUUCCAUUAAGAGGACUGAUAUAAUGAAAAACCAUAAUAAAGAACUCUCAUAACAGUGCAAAGAAUUUUUAUUUCAAAUUCCAAGUAAUUCAAAUAAUAAAACAUAUGUUGGUUAAAUUGGUAAAUCACUCAGCAAGAAAGCUGAACACCACAAAAAAUGUACAAGAUAUGUAGUACAGGAUAAUAGAGCAGUUUUUGUUAUUAACUGGGCAGGUCUUCAAACAUUCAUCUAUUCUAAUAAAAUGUUAACACCAUAGUUGAGCCUAGUUGAUAAAAGCAUGCUUUCAGAAGAAUAUGAAUAUUAACCUAGGGAUGUAGAGUAUAUAUUUGGUCCACUUAGCUCAAAACAAGAAAUUUGUAAAAUGUCUAGAUUUUAAGGAGUGAAGUUAAGUUGGGUCCAUAUGACAAGAAAACAUGAAUGUUUAACUAUGAAAUAAUCCACAUUUGGCAUCUUAGCUUUGCUAAGAAUAUAGCACUUCCUCUCUCUACCUGAAAAUAUCAGCCUAUUCUCCAUAGGAGUGAGUAACCCUUUUCCAACAUGUAAACAGUCAGAAAAAGAUUGCUCACUGCUGCUCUUGGCAGGGGUGAGCAACGUUAUAAAACUGUUUACAUGUUUGCAUGUGCUGACAUAAGUAAUGUCCAUUUCCUAUACGCACUAUGCACCAGUCCUUUGGAAAAUACCUUAACAGCUGAAAAUGGU